AUGGAUAGAGAAAACUUAGCAUCUGCAUCAGAAUCUAUGAUAAUCCCUUCUUCUAUUCCUGGUUCAGCUUCUUCUACUUUUAGACCCAUUUUACCAUCCCCCCCAAACUCAUCAACAUCAACAUCAACAUCAACAUCAACAUCAUCAUCAUCAUCAUCAUCAUCAUCGUCAAAAUCAACAUCAUCUUCAUCUGGAAUUCAAAAACCUUCUUCUUCUUCUUCUUCGUCGUCUUCUUCUUCUUCUUCUAAUCGCAACAUGCGUCACCAUAACACUGUUUUCCUUUCUUAUGACGACCUUCCGGAUCUUUGGAUGGAGCCCGAAAUUGCACAGCUUACUCCUUCUUCCACCGGCUACCCUCUUGACGCGCCCCCGCCUCAAAAACUCUUACCCAAGAUUAAAAAACCAAACGCCCAUCAACGUGGCAAAAAACAACAAGGAUCCGGACCCAAUGGCUCUUCUUCAAAUGGCAUUGCCUUGAAUCAAAUCUCAAAUGCCUCUUCUUCUUCCUCAACCGCUGUUGCUGCUGCUACUACUACUACUACUACUACUAUUACUGCUGCUGCUGACAAGGCUGCCCCAUUCAAAUCUUUUGCUUUGCCCCCAACAGCUCUCAACAAUUCAAUAGCAAGCACUGAUUUAAACAACUCAGGAGAUCCUGAAUCGGAAAACUUGGAAUUGUAUGAAUAUCAACAAUAUAUCCCCUUUUCUUUAAAGGUUGGUGUCGAAAACUCUUCUUCUUCCUGGUCUUCUUCUGAGCCUAAUAAUUCCAAUACAACAACUAAUACAAAUUCACAACCGCCACCCAAAUCAGGUCCUGCAGGCUUAGAUCUGACUCCACCACCAGUCAGCACUUCACCAACACCCUCAACCAAUAAUCAGGAGAAUAAUGUGCAACCUCCUCCUCCUUCUUCUUCUUCUUCUUCUUCUUCUUCUUCUUCUUCUUCUUCUUCUACUUCUUCAAAUUUGCAGUCAAAUGAUGUUGAAUCUUCGCCACCUUCUGAACCAAAAUCUCCCUCAAAUUUGUACAAAAAUUACAUUUCAUCUAGAAGAUCAAAACUCAUUGUCAAGCUCAAAACAAACUUUACUGAAAGCCUCACAAAUGGUAGUUUUGUCAGAAGCUCUGCAAAAUCAGAUCCCAUUGCUUCAAAAUAUAAUAAAAAGAAGACUAUGUCUGCACAAGAUCUUGAGGAUAAUGAAAAUAACAAUAAAACCAAAUCACAAACAACAACAUCUACAUCCAGAAAUAAAGAUCAAAAUAUCAACAAUGAUUACUUUGAACCCUCACAAACAAGCCCCAAUCUCAGCCACGAUAAUCACGAAAGUACCAGCAACAACAAUAACAACAACAUCAUAAACAACAAUCAGCUGACUAAUAAUGAUGAUAAUAAUAAUAACAAUACCACCACGACCAAUAAUCCAGAUCUUAUUAAUGCAAACAAUGCUGAUGAUUCUGCAGAUUCACAUUUACCUACAGGAACACCCCCGCCAGGUUCAUCUCUUGAAGAUGGCAGUGGCAUUCAUCAUACCCAUUCAGAUGUUGAUUUAACUUUGUUAUCUUCUCCAUUAAAACGACAGGCCGAAGAUAUUCUCAAGGGGAAACGUCCAAAUAAACGAAGAAAGAAUGCAGGCGAUGAAAGAAUGACUCCAGAUCAUCCUACAUCCAUCCACACAAGAACUCGCCAACAUCAUGAGGUUGAUGAGGCUGCUGCAAAUGAUGACUUUUGUGCAACUUGCCAUGGUGCUGGCCGUUUUCUGUGCUGUGAAGGGUGCCCCAAAUCUUUCCACUUUAGCUGUGUUGACCCACCAUUGGACGAAAGCAUGCUUCCAGAAGGUGCAUGGUUUUGCAAGGAAUGCGUAGCCAAACAAAACCCACCAAGACAAUACAAACGCGGCUUGUUUUCCCAACUUUUAUACCAGCUAGACAGACGCAACCCAAUCCAGUUUGUCUUGCCAAAGAAAAUUCGCUCCCGAUUUGAGGGGGUCUCCUCAAAUGAACUCGGAGAAUACAUGGAUUCUGACACUAAAGUCUUUAAAGGUACCCGUUCAGGCUUUGUUGAGGAAGACCCAUAUCGCCUUACUGACAAGAAUGGUAACCCUAUUUUCUGCUACAAGUGCAAAAAAUCAUCUUUAACUGGAGGCCCCAUUGCGCGCUGCGAUUAUUGCUCUCUCAACUGGCAUCUUGAUUGCUUGAAUCCACCUCUCCCCACAGUCAAAACCAUUGGCACAAAAUGGAAAUGCCCCAACCAUGCAGAUCACGCCUAUAAAAAGCGACGGAAACCCAAAACAGCCAAAAUCCUGGAUACCGCUCUCCGUCGCGGCUUCAAAAAUGACGGCAACAUUGACGUCCUCAACUCUUCGGAUGAAGAGCUUAAUGAGCAAUUUGCGCGUAGCGUACCUCUAAAUGACUAUUAUGAUACCCCCACGGGUAUUUCUGCUCCUGUGCCAAACUCUAUUUUGAAGCCUAUUACUCAAAAUGGUGUCGUGUAUCGCAUCCCAGAACGUGGUGUCAAACUUGACUUUAUUCAAGCUGUUCAUGAGCGCAACGCAGAGCCUUACCAAGAUACUCACAAUUCCGACAUUUUAUUGGCUCUUGACGAGCUUGCGACGCGUGAAAACAAUGUCCGAGAGGGAGUCCGUAACCUGUGCUACUUGCAGGCCAAGGAUAGCCCAGAUGAGGCAACAGCCACGGCGCGCAAGCAGCUUGAGAUUUUGAUUGAUGCUGCGCUUGGUAACUCUGAUGAUCUGGGCGAACUUCUUGUCAAAGAUGCACCAUCUCAUGGGAAUGGGAAUUUGCACAGUGGUGGUAGUGGUGGUGGCAGUAGUAAUAAUGGUGGCGGCUCAUUAUCAGGCUCCAUGUUACGUAAGGCUACUACUGGAUCUCGGCGUGCGUCUCAAAUUGCAAACAAUAAGAUUCACGCAGCAGCUGAAGAAGGUCGCUAUAAUACCCGACGCACAGGGUCUAGCUUGCGCAAUGAGAUUUCUGCUAGUCCAGAACCAACAGCAAGUCGUGUUUCUUCGAGAUUGAGAUCUGGUGGAUCUUCUUCUUCAAACAAUGAUGGCAGUAAUAAUAGUGGUGGCAACAACAGUGCUGGCUACGACUUUUCUGUGACUUUGGACGGAUAUAUGUCUCCAGAAGAACGAACCCAUUUGAUUGCCAUUCAAAAACUGUUGAAACUCAAGGGGAAGGAUGCUCUUAUGGAUUUUUUGUUACCAAGAGCUGAUUUGUAA